AACCAUAACGGCCAGCGCCCUCCCCUCCCCCACCGAGGCCUUCGAGCCUCUGGGCACGCGACAACCUCCUGCUAAAGGGCCAUUCGAAUCAACAGGGGCUGCUAAGGGGUGGAGAAAACGUGGGAAAUGGCGCAGGCGCAGAAUUACAUUUCUAUCUUUUUUUUUUCCCCGACCCUCGUCCCACUCCAGCUCCCAGCUGUACAUUUUGCAAACUUAUAUGGGUGCUGCCAAGGUGGCACACUUCAGGUUUUACAUCAGUUCUUGACCGCGCCAUUCCUUCGCACUGAUGCUGUAGUUUGACGCAAGCGCAUUCGCUUCAGCUAUCUGCUUCCGGAUCAUUUUCGGUGCCGGCGCCGGAACUGAAUCUUGGUCUGAUUUUGUUGCUAUUCGUACUGAAAAUUGCCGCACUCUUAUCAAGUUUACGGAGUUGGAGCCGGGGUCCCUAAAGGAGUCUUGUCACCUUUUAACUUACUUCGUGUUGGCCGGUGGCGUGCAGUUCUGGGUAGGGGGCUUUGCCUUCCUUUUGCUGGAUUAGUUUAAAAGAAUUACACACUACGUGUUUUAGAUCAAGAACGUUCGUUUCACGUUGGUCCUGUAACUGCUCCCGGAGGCUGCAGGCUUGAUGUUCUCCCUCCGGGACAGUCAUGUCUCACCCAUCCUCGUCGCCUUCACCCUAGCCCGUGGUUCGAGUGACCUCUGGAAGAAUGGGUGGCAGCAGCCGGAGCCAGAACCCCCCUUGGAUGGAGCCGCGGUUUGGGACUUCUAUGAAGCCGUGGUUAGGGUGGAGGUAGAUUUCCCCAAAGGGCCCCCAGGACCCUCGCAGAUUCUGUUGUGCGCUGCCCGGGCCAGGCAGAGGCAGGCGGUGCGCUACCUCCUGGCAGAGGAGCUGCCUGGAGGCUCAUCUUCACUCUUUUUUUCCCUUUUUUUUCCCAGGCCCUGUUCUCCAUUGCCAAGGUACUGUGAGACUUGCAGCUCCCAUUACUGAGACCCUAAUCAUAACAGUUCUACUGCUCACCUCUUAUCUCUGUCCCAUAUGCCUCAGCCAUCUUUGUUGCCUCCAGGAUUUCCUGCCUCUAGCCCUGGCUUCUAAUUAUUGGUAAAGGAAGGUUGAGAGCCUGGAUUGAGACUGCGGCCCUGGACUGAGGGGUGGACUGCUCCCAUUCCCACAAUCCUACAGAGAGACCAGGAAGAUUUAGGUUACAGGCCAGCUUCCCAACUCCAAGUCGCUUAAUUCCCAGUAGGGACUUUCAGGGUGUGGCUGAAAGAAAAGAGAAGAGAAGAGCGACCUUGGGAGCAGAACCUACGGACUUAUAUAAACCUUGAUUUCUGAUCCUGAUUAUAUAAACUGGUUUCUGCUCAUAGACUGGAGACUUGUGACUAGCCACUCACAAAGUGCUGCUUACAGUUUAUUGCUGUCAUAUGAGCCUAAAUUUGAAAUUUCAGUCCAUUGGUUCUUUCUAGAACUUGAAUGUUGGAUUUUCUGUUUAGGUUGAUUGAACUUUUGCUGGAAGGAGAUUGCAAAGGUUGAUUUGUCCUUGUUUAAAGUACAAAAAUAAAAUCCGCCUUUUCAA